AAGGAGGAACAAGUGAAAGUAAUUUUUUGUAGUAAUCAACAUAAUGCCACAAAUACUGUCAGUUGAGCUUAACUUACAUGCACCCAGAAAUUAUAAUUGUGAUCAUAUCUCUCUUAUACCCUCUAACGCUCUCUUUUUAAUUUUCUUUCCAUACCUCUUUCUCUCUGUUCUCCCCAUCUCUCACAGGAUCAUCGAGGCAGUAUGCAUUGGCUGGUUCACUGCCGAAUGCAUAGUGCGCUUCAUUGUCUCACGGGACAAAUGUGAGUUUGUGCGCCGCCCCCUUAACAUUAUUGACUUCCUGGCGAUCACACCUUACUACGUGUCUGUCGCUGUGACAGCGCUAACAGGAGAAAACCCUCAACUACAGCGUGCAGGAGUCACCCUGCGUGUACUACGAAUGAUGCGCAUCUUUUGGCUAAUCAAGCUGGCGCGCCACUUCCUCGGGCUGCAGACGCUCGGGCUGACGCUGCGCAGGUGCUACCGCGAAAUGGUCAUGCUGCUGGUGUUCGUCUGCGUCGCGAUGGCGAUAUUCAGCGCCCUGGCACAGCUGUUGGAGCACGGCCUUGACCUGGAGACUAGCAAUGAGGACUACGCCAGCAUCCCGGCAGCCUGCUGGUGGGUUAUUAUCUCCAUGACGACCGUCGGCUAUGGAGACAUGUACCCCAUCACCAUUCCGGGACGCGUGCUGGGUGGCGUGUGCGUUGUGAGUGGCAUUGUGCUGCUGGCUCUGCCCAUUACCUUUAUCUACCACAGCUUUGUGCAGUGCUACCACGAACUCAAAUUCCGCUCAGCACGCUGCGUGCGAAGUCUCUCUUCUGAGUUUCUCAACUAACUGUAGCAUAGAUCGUCCUGAGAACCUGCUGGUCUUCAGCGUAGUAACAUCACCUGCUCUUCUGUGCCUUUAUGCUGAACCAAGAUCUGAAAUAUAACGAAGGAACGCGCUACUUCUGAUGUGGAAAAAUCAGCAUUUAGACUCUCUUUGCGAACCUGUUAUAUCCAAAUAAUAACACAAGUACCUCUGUACUCAAGGACACAUUCUGGAAUUCAUUGAUUUUAGACAAUACAGGCAUCUGAAGCAAUUCUGACUUACAGAAUAAGACAAAAGAGACAAAUCCCCAGCUCAAAGUGGAAAGUGCACAAUAAAGCAUUACAAUCCAAAGGAAAUACUUUAGCCAAUGUUUGUGUUGUAAACCCCUUCCUGUGUGAACGAACAAAACCGAUAGAACGGCAUUUCCCUUGUAUGAAAUGAACAACUGUGGCAUUUGACGACUACAGAUGGCCAGACUGCCUGGAACGGGCAUCUGGCGGGACCUUGUGUCCUGACAGUGCUCCAGCCUAUAAGGAGCUUACACGAAUUCUCAUGUUUCCAUGGAGAGGUCCCUCCGACUUGUUAAAUCAUUAAUUCAGCUCCCAAUAAAAUAGUAAAGCAAGAGGAACUAAAGUGAAAGGUUUUAAAAUGGCCAAAUAGCGCAAAUACUGUGAAAAGGCCUGCUCACACUAAGGGCGGUAACUGUAAUAAUAACAAUAAAGAUAAGUCCCCCUGCAGUCACUAAUUUUAUCUCUUAAAACUCCUUUUUAAUAGCAAAAUUAUAAUUUUCCCCCAUGAAAAUAUAUUUUAUCUUAAAAUGGCUUGAAUAU